GAGGAAGGAAGGAAGGAAGGAAGGGGGAAGGGAGGAAGGAAGGAAGGGAGGGAGGAAGGAAGGAAGGAAGGAGGGAAGGAAGGGGGAAGGGAGGAAGGAAGGAAAGAAGGAAGGGAGGGAGGGAGGGAAGAAAGGAAAGAAGGAAGGAAGGAAAGGAGGAAUGGAGGAAGGAAGGGAGGAUGGAAGGAAGGAGGGAAGGGAAGAAGGAAGGGAGGAAGGAAAGGAGGAAGGAAGGGAAGGAGGGAAGGAAGAAAGGAAGAAAGGAAAGAAGGAAGGAAGGAAAGGAGGAAUGGAGGAAGGAAGGGAGGGAGAGAGGAAGGAGGAAAGGAAGGAACGAAGGAAGAGCCAGCUUGGGCUCCCCUAGCCCUGCCAACCAAAAAACAACGGAUACCCCUCCGGCCUUUUAAAAUUAGCAAAGCUGUGUCGUUGGCCUGACACUGUGGGAGUCAGGCCAUCAUUAUGCCCAUUUUAGAGACCAGGAAACUGAGGUGCACAGAAAUAACCAGCUUGGGGGGAUCAGGCAGCUACUAAGGGUCUAAGGCAACAUUUGAACUCAGCUCUUCUUGCCCUGCUCUCCUAGACCCCUGGGCUGGUGUCCUUGGCAGCCCUCUGUUCUGAGGGGUGUCCAUAGGCUUCACCAGAUGGGGGGGAGGGCACAGGGCUCAAGAUGCCAAACCCACCUGGCCCAGCCAGAAGCUCCCAUUCCAAUGGGCAGCCGAUAGGUAAAUAAGAAAGCAGAAAGGGGGGGGAGGGGGGCAGGCUCUCAGGGCCCCACUGUGGCGGGGAGGGGAGAGCCCAAGGAAACUCGAAGGCAGCUGGGUGGGGCUCUUAAAAGGCCUGGAUGAGAUGGGGGUGCCCAGCGGAGGAGGCCGUGGGGAAUGAGGCGACUGGAAAAACAGGCCAAGCCUUCCCUGGCAAACGCGACUGGCGGGCCCUUGGAGUCAAGAAGGCUGCAGUUCGAAUCCUGCUGCAGACCCGCCGGUGUGACCCUAGGGGGUCCCUAGGCUCCAAGGCCCUUCCCACUGGGCUCUGCGCCCCUCUGGAGAGGAGCCCGAGAUCCCAGGCAGCCCCCGCCCUGAGCGCCUCCUUGACCUCUUCCUUUAGCUGCUUCUCAGGGCCCCCGCCCGGGAAGGAGCAGCCGGUUUCUAGGUGGGGGCAGGAAUGCGGGGCUGAGUGGGGAGCCCUGCCCGCUCCGGGGGCAGUUGGCGGGGCUGGGCUGUCAGCGAUGCGGGGGUGGGGCUGGCCGCCAGGUCCUGGAUCCCAGGAGCUGUCCAGGGCGCCAGUCAGCAGUGCCGGCAGUGAGGUGCCAGGAUGUGGAACUACCUGUUGCUGCUGUUGGCGCUGCCCCAGGCCUCCCCUGAGAGGGAAGCCACCCAUGGCUGCCCUCAGGCCUGCAUCUGUGACAGCGUCCAGAGGUCCGUCUUGUGCCAGAACCAGAACCUCACCAGAGUGCCAGCCUCCACCCCCCAGCUGACUCAGAAGCUGGAUCUGCGCGGCAACCUUCUCCGGGUGCUUCCGGCGCGGGCCUUCGGGCCGCUCGUCUACCUGAGCCACCUGGACCUGCAGGCCUGCGGGCUGGAGCAGGUGCAGCGGGGGGCCUUCCAGGGCCUGCUGCUCCUGUCCUACCUCAAUCUGGCCUCCAACAACCUCUCGGUCCUGCCCAGAGGGGCCCUGGACGGGCCCGUCCUCCUGAGGCAGCUGGUCCUGGAGAACAACCGGCUGAAGGAGAUCCAGCCGGGGACCUUCGGCCGGCUGCCCUUCCUCAGCCUCCUCGACCUGGCUCACAACCGCCUGCGCUCGCUGCCCGACGGGGCCUUCCAGGGGCUGGGCCGGGCCUGGUGGCUGCGCCUGUCCCACAACGCCCUGGGCCGGCUGGCCCCGGAGUCGCUGGCAGGCCUGGCGCGCCUGCGCAGGCUCAGCCUGGACCACAACGAGCUGCGGGCGCUGCCCUGGGAGGCCCUGGCGCCCCUGCGCGGCCUGGUGCACCUGGACCUGGGCCACAACGCCCUGGGCUGGCUGGGCGACCAGGAAGGCCUGGCCCUGGCCGAGCUGCGCCACCUGGCCCUGGACGGCGCCGCGCUGCGCGGCCUGGCGGCGGCCGCCUUCUCGCACUGCCCGCGCCUCUACGCCCUGGACCUCCGCGACAACGCGCUGGAGGCGCCGCCCGCGCUGCGGGGCCUGGACCGGCUGCACAAGCUCAACCUGAGCGGGAAUCCGCUGCGCUGCGACUGCGCCGCCCGGCCCCUGCGCGACUGGGCCGUGCGCAGCUGGGUGACGCUGGACGGGCUGUGCCGCGAGCCCGCGCGGCUCAGGGGGCAGCGCCUGGCCUGGCUGCGGGAGGAGGACCUGGUGUGCGCGGGGCCGGCCGGCCGGGAGCAGCCCCGCGAGCCCCCGCGGGCCCCCGGCCGGCCCUGCCCCCCGGCCUGCCGCUGCUCCUCGGGCCACAGCAGCUGCGAGAACCAGGGCCUGCGGCUCAUCCCCUCCGGCUUCCCCCGCGACACGCGCCUCCUGGACCUGAACUGGAACGAGUUCACUUGGGUGCCCGGCGCGGCCUUCGGCCGCUUGGGCCGGCUCGAGUCCCUGCACCUGCAGCACUGCCGCAUCGGGCGCCUGGCCCCGGGGGCGCUGCGCGGCUUGGGCCAGCUGGUCUACCUCUACCUCUCCGACAACCGGCUGUCGGAGCUCAGCGCCGCCGCGCUGCAGGGCGUCCCCCGGCUCCGCUACCUCUACCUGGACGGCAACCGCUUCAGCCGGGUGCCGCGCGCCGUCCUGUGGGCCCUGCCCGGCCUGGUGGGCCUCCACCUGGAGCACAACGCCCUCCACCAGCUGGCCCUGGGCGACUUGGCCGGCGCCCCCGGCCUGCGGUGGCUGCACGUGAGCGGGAACAACAUCUCGGGCGUCAGCCCCGGCCCAGCGGCGCAGCUGGAGGGGCUCUACCUGGGCGGCAAUCGGCUGGGCGCCGUGCCCACGGGGGCCCUGGCGGGGCUGCCCGCCCUCAGGGAGCUGGAGCUGUCGGCCAAUCCGCUGGGGGCCCUGCCGGAGGGGGCCUUCGCGCCGGCCGCCGCCACCUUGGAGCGCCUCCACCUGAGGGACGCCCGGCUGGGGCAGAUUUCUCCCGGGGCCUUCGCCGGCCUGGAGCCCGGCCUGCGCAGCCUGGACCUGGGGAAGAAUCAGCUGCAGACGCUGCCGGCCAUGGAUGGCUUUGCCCAGCUGCAGGUCCUGGACCUCGGGGAGAACCCCCUCCGCUGUGACUGCCGGCUCUUCCCGCUGCACAGGUGGCUUGCUGGCCAGAACCUCCCCGGAGAGGCCUCGUGCGAAUCCCCCCCCAGUGCUCAGGGCCAGAAGGUGAAGGAGGCGGCUGCCCUCUUUGAGGCCUGCCUCGGGAAGGAUGUGACGGGAACUCCCGGGCGAAGGAGUCGGCGGGUGGCCGCUGGGGCUGCUGGCGGGCCCGCCCGGGCCUAGGCGCUGGGGUCUCUUCCUGGGGGUGGGGGGAAGGGCCGGUGGUUUGUCAGCUCUCAUUCCAAGCACUUGUUGUCUCCCUCCCGGGAGCGCCCCAGCUCUCGAGCAAGGACGAGCAGGGGCCCCGCCGGGCGUCCCUCAUCGGAACCCUCCAGAGUCUCCGGGCUCCUGUUUUAGCCUCCUCUCGCUCUGUCCCGGGUCCUUGCUCCGGUCCCCUGCUCGCAGGGCAUCGGCCAGGGACUGACUGAGCCGUGGUGAGGGCAGGAAGAACCUCGCAACUGCUCCACAUUGGCUCAGCCCCCAUCCCAUCGGCCUCUUAGUUCCCCUCCCAGCUUUGAAGGCGGUUAUGGUCAGCCAGGGAGAUCCGAGUUCGAGUCCCUCCUCAGACACCUUCUGUCUCCAUCCCUGGACAAGUCCAACCUUCAGCGUGUUCCGAGCAAUUCAUUCCAGAGAAGGCGCCAACAUCACGGGCCUGAAGGGUGUGCAAAGCCAUCCCAGGGGUGAGUCCUGUCCCCGAUGCACGGGGCGCCCCAGGAGGAGGCGCUCCAUUAAGAUCACCCUUAGCGACGGGAUGGACUUUGGAACAUCAAAUCCGAAUCGGCAAGCCCAGCUUGGACACUCUCGGGCCACUGGCCGCCGGCGAGCCUCCCCGCAGCCUUCCUGUCUGCCCUGUCAUUGGGCCCUGACGCUGCCCUCAUUCUCCAUCUGCAGAUAAGGAGACUGAGACGAGGAAGUGGGGCUCUUGCGCUGCUUCUAAAAGCCUCCUACGUUCCCCAGAGGAACAGGGCGGCCCUGGCAGUGCCCACUUCUGGGUUUCUCAUCCACAGACACAGAGGUGGGGCCUUUUGCACUCUCAGUCAUCCUAUGAAAAGAGGCUGGCCAAGAAGUAGCAAAAAAACAAGCCUCAGGACUGGAGGGAAAAGGAGGGUCUGGGGGGGGGAGUCGGGGGUGCUGGUUCUGGGCUCCCCCUCACUGUCUCUGGGGGGAGGGGCUACCAUUUAUUCUUCUGCAUAUCACAUGAUAUAAUAAAUAGCCUAGCAAUGAUGGUUUGUGAACAAUAAGUAAUCUGUGCUCCGCCAAGAGAAACAGUUCUUGCCCAGUCCUAGCCACAGUGUGGGUCUCCCUACUGCAGCCUGUGUUCAGUGCCUGGGGGGAGGGGCUUUUUUGAGCUGAGGCUCUUGGCACAGCCCAGCUUCCUGCCUUGUCGAUAGAAGUUAAGCCCUUCUCGGCUGAUCACGGUACAGUAUUGCUGUGCCUGGAGUGCUCACGCUCUGCUCGCUUUGCUUGGCAGCAGUUCCUGAAGGAAGGUCUGUGGCUUCUGUGAUCCUCUCAUUGGUUGUUUCUUAGGGCAGGAGAGCAUUCCCCAGCGGAUGGACGCCCCUUCCGUUUCCAGGCCUUCGCUGCCACAAAGAGGGCUGCUGGGACCAGCUUAGAGAGACUGGAGGGGGUUUCAGGCCAAGGCCCGAGAGCACAGGACCAGGGAGUGUUGGCACUGGCGUGGGGCAGGGGGGAUGGCGGCUUGAACAGCCUGAGCUCCCUGGAUCCUGGGAAAGGCCCUUCCCCAGAAGCUGGGCACUGAGCCUCAGAGAGGAGCAGAGCCAGCGAGCCCAAGCACCCCCGGGCGACAGAAAUCCGUGAGAUGUUGGGACCCUGCGGGGCCAGAAGCAUGAGCCACAUGUUCCCCUUGCUCCCAGUGGGCUUUGGUCUGUGCCCAUUCUCUCCACUGGAGCCUCGUCCUUCUUUUGUUAACUCUUCCCUGCGGUCUUGGGUCAAUACUGUGUACUGGUUCCAAGGCAGAAGAGCAGUGAGGGCUAAGUGAUGAGGGCUAAGUGACUCAUCCAGGAUCACACCACUGGGAAGUGUCCGAGGCCACAUUUGAACCUGAGGCCUCGCUUCUCCAAGCCUGGCUCUCUGUCCCCGGGGCCACCUCACUGCCCUGUUGUCCACUGUUCUUUACACCUCAGUGAAAAGUCUUUUGCAUUGAGCUGAUUGUCUACUAAUACAGGCCCCAAGGCAGUGUUGGCGAAGUAUUGGCACGUGUGCCCAGCCGGCACCCGAGGCCAUUUGGGGCACGCGCCGCCCAUCAGCCCCAUGCUGGCACUUCCUCCCUCUACUCCAAGCUACAGUUUGGGCAUGGGAACUCGAAAGCCUUUGCCAAUGCUGCCCCAGUGGGACCACUCAGGAGCUGUACUUGAAACAUGUGGAUCCAGAGGGAGCCUCUGAGGCCAGGGGAAGAAGAGACCCAGAAGGGGUGCUCCAGGUAAGUCCACCUAACCUGCCCCCCUGAACUCAGUUACUGUCAAGAAGGGCCGUGCCUGGCUUUUUGUGCAGCUGGACCCAGGCAGGAAGGCCAGAGUGGUCCAGAGGCUCCCUGACUCCAGGGGGGGCCCAGCCCACCUGGGUGCUCUCCUACCCUGUCAGGGAGCCUCCUGAAGUGCCAGGACCCAGCCAAAGUGCUGGGGCUACAAAGAAAGCCU